AUGGGCAAUGUCACAAAUAAUCUCACUACAGACGAGUCAGAUCCCGGAUUCAUGACUUUACCAAGAGGGUUGGGGAGAUUCUGCGGCGGCCUCAAUAUUACGUCUCCCGCCUACACAGCUGAUCGAGAGCCACAAAUAAAUCCCAAUACUACUGAGCCUUUUUACGAGUGGGAAAACCCGGACAUUAUGUCACUGUCACUUGCCCGGGCUUUCUUCCUCUACGAGAUCCCCUCGAAUGGACUCGAUGACACGCAGCUCGAGGCCGUGGAAGUAGUUUGGCACUACUGCGUCCACACCUACAACAUCUCUGUUACGGAUAAUGUCGCAAACACAGCAUUGUUGGAGUCUGAAGCAAAAAUACAUCAGCAUGAUGAAGAUAACGGAACCUUCGUGCUCCUUGACAAAAGCGGCCAAAAAAAGUUUUCCGCAUCACGGAACGGCAUUAUGUUUGGUCUUCAGCGGAGGAUUCCAACUACAUUCGUAGGACAUAUGUCCUUUGCGGACUCUCCUAACUUAGUUAAUGUAAACGAAUUUACUUAUCAAAUAGGGAGUAACCUAAUGAGCGGCAUCCUAGGUUACAAUAUCACUGAACAACCCACGGAACGUCGCGGACCAAUCAUCUGGAAUAACCUCAGAAAUAUAACAGAAACCAUGGCUCUAGCCAUGACAGAUUUCAUGCGAGUUAACCAAAUCAACGGUACCGUCAUAGGAGACGCUCUGGAGUCGGAAAUCUUUAUCACCGUAAGAUGGCCGUGGCUUUCGUUUCUCGCGGCCCAGAUUGGCUUGACAAUCGUUUUCGUAUUGGCAGUUGCAGCAUGUACCUUCAACUUGGAAGUCCCUGUGAUUAAGGGUUCGAAUGUGGCUGAACUUUUUGCGAUUCGCAAGUCGGAUAUGGAAACGACAACACCCGGCACAGUGGGCGGGAAGCAAGCUGGCAUUGACCAAAAGAUUGACAAGCAGACACUAGGAAUCCUGGUACGGGAGUGCGAUACCUGGAACCUGGAGAUUCAUUCCAAGGAGUAG